AUGGAGUGGGACGAGAGCGCUACGCAGCAUGAUGAGCACGACGAAUACGAGGAGGAUCCGUACGAGUACGAAUACCAGGAGAACCCGGAAGAGGAGGAGGAUUACUAUGCUGGAAACCCCGAAGAUGAUGAAAUGUACAUACAGGACGAAGAAGGAGAAAAUUGGUACGAGGAGGACGGCGGCGAGCAAAUGCAUCUUCAGGACCAUAGCGCCGCUCACGGGGCGGCGGCAAAAGGAAGCCAGCAGCAUAUGAGAGGAGCGCAAGGUGAUGGUCAUACGGCUUCUACAGGUGGAAGAGAGACAGGCUCGAACGAUGGAACGAGCGCGAAUCAUUAUCAUUCUUCCAACAACAACACCAUGAUAGCCUCGACGACCAACUCCCAUACCCAACCGUCGCAGUCACAGUCACACCCUCAGCAGCCCACAGGGGGAAAUCAGGCAUCAUCAACAGCAUCUCCUCCUCAGUCGGACGCCCAGAUCGAGAACACAGUCGAUGAUCAGCUAGUAAGCAGUCUCCAGAGGCAAGGGAAAAGCCAAGCGGAGAUUAAAAGCGUUAUCGAUUUUGCGAAGAAUCCCCCGGGCGGUGCUGCUGGGUAG